UCAUCAUCGACUGAUCAGCAACAAGCAUCCACUUGGACAAUCGACUACUACUACUUUUUCAGAAAACAACAACAGCAACAAUGUACUCUUCAUACGGUUCUUACAGCUCUUCGGCUUCUUCCAGCCGAUCUUCUUCCUACGGCAGCUCCUACUCCAGCAUCUCGAGGCCGAUGGAUAUCUCUCCGAUCAACAUCUCUUCUUCCGGACCCGAUGCCUCCUGCGCUUUCCCCUCGUGGCCCCGCCGCACCUCGCUCUGCGAAUCCGAGUCUGACUACGAGCGCCCGACUUCCUUCCUUUCCGAUGAGGACUUGAUGGGCGAUGUUUUCGACGACGAUGUGCGCAGUGUUUCCAGCAGCGGCAGCUCGCCCAUGCACUCUCCUCCCAAGGCGCCCUUCAUGACUGAGGCCGAGAUCCUCGAGAUGCAGCGCGAGCAGGCCGCCUACCAGCGCGAGAUGGUCAGCUUGCUCGUCAGGGAGAAGGAGAGGCGCAAGGCCCAGGCCAAGCGUCAACGCAGCGCCGGCAAGGCUUCUUCCAAGAAGAGCACCAAGAGCAAGCUCAGCGCCAUGACUCCCAUCGCCGAGUCCGAGUAAAUAUCGGAUGCACGAUGCAGCAUGUGCCGUGGCGAUUGCAACCUCGUUUUUAUUGAUACCCCAUUUUUGGCUUUUUGACCGCUUUUAUUUCAUUCUUCUGCAACCACCAGCAUCAGCAUCAGCAUCAUCGGCAUUUUCAUUAACACCAUCUUCAUCAACCCCCACGGGAAAAAGGCCUUUCCCCCACACAUGUGUGUAACGGGCAAA